AUGGAGGCUACAAAUAAUACCGAUGCAGUAAAUCUCGGAAUAGGGGAAGUGGAAGCUGAAAUCGAUGACGAAUUGAAACAACUAGAAGAAGUAAUCAGAGAUGUUUACGAUACACGAAGCGAAGUUUCAAGUUCAUCUUCAAGCGAUACUAGUUCACCCAGUAUCAGUUCUGAAAGCACAAAAUCUAAGCGACGCGAUAUUAGUAGAAAACGUGCAAAGUCGGAUAGUCACUCCCCACCUGAAAACAAGCGGCGUCGAGCGUCCGGGAGUGUUAAAAUAAAAACUUACGACUAUAUGACGAAACUGAACUACUUGUUCCGAGAUACUAGAUUUUUUUUAAUCAAAUCAAAUAAUGCUGAAAACAUAACACUUUCAAAAGCCAAGGGGGUUUGGUCUACUUUGCCUCAAAAUGAAGCAAAUUUGAAUCAAGCUUACAGAGAGUCCAGGAAUGUAUUGCUCAUAUUUUCUGUAAAGGAAAGUGGUAAAUUUGCAGGUUUUGCUAGAUUAGGCAGUGAGUCUCGCAGAGAUGUGCCUCCAGUGUCAUGGGUCUUACCCCCUGGAUUAUCUGCUAAGGUGCUUGAUGGAGUUUUUAAAGUUGACUGGAUUUGUAGGAAAGAAUUACCUUUCAGUAAUACGCUUCAUCUAUAUAAUCCUUGGAAUGAAGGUAAACCAGUGAAAAUUGGUAGAGACGGACAAGAAAUAGAACCAAAAGUAGCAGAGGAACUGUGUAGAUUAUUCCCUGAGGAUGAAGGAAUAGAAAUGACUCCAAUUCUGAGAAAAUCAAAAGAGUCAUCAAAGAAAGGCUAUCUUAAAAGUGGGGCGUACAGAACAUAUAGAGCCCCUUUGUCUAUUAGAAGUGGUCCUUAUAGGAACAGAAUUAUAAGUUCUUCAAGACCUAGACGUAAAAUUUUUACAAAUCCACGAAGUCGUUUGGGACCAUCAUAUAAAAGAAGAUCUCCAUCUCCUUAUUUAAGGGAGCGGUUACCAACUUGGUUUCUCAGGGGUCGUGAUGGUUAUGGCAGUAGUGGAUCUGCAUCAGCAGCUGCUGAAGCCUAUGUUGCUGAGUACAUGAGAUCUAUGCAUCAUCAGUUACCUCCUUUGCCAUAUGUUGCUCCACCAGGGUUCAGUGCAGCCCUACCUGCAUAUGAUGGACUUCCACCUCCGCCCCCCCCUCCACCACGUUAUUAUGAUUUAGCUGACUACCCUCGUUCAGUGCUUGUAUAUGACAAAAGGUCAUAUGAGCGAUCUGUUGAUGAAUUUUUGUGGCGCACUACUGAUAGAUCUAGAGGUAGAAGUCGUGAUCGUGAAUCACAUAGAUAUAGAGAUCGCAGAUAG